ACGCAUUACCAAAUGUAACUGCACGCUUCGACCGCUACAUUCAGUUUCCCCCGCUCAGAAACUGCGUCCCCCUUCCACAGCUCCAUCACUACCAGGAGUGAUAAAUUCCUGGAGGUUGUCCUUUUCACAAGUUUGUACUGACCCCAGUAGCUUUUAAGACAGCUGACGGGAAGCUCACAGAGGCAAUAGUGCAGUAUCGACAUGGAGGAAGUGAGACCAUCAUGGGACAAUCCCUUACAGUUUGUAUUCGCCUGCAUCUCCUUUGCAGUGGGACUGGGCAACGUGUGGCGUUUUCCCUACUUGUGUCAAAUGCACGGAGGAGGUGGAUUUUUGAUUCCCUAUGUGAUAAUGUUAGUUGUGGAAGGGCUGCCUUUGUUUUACCUGGAGCUGACCUUGGGCCAAUUGAUGAGGCAGGGAAGCAUUGGAGCUUGGAAAGCAGUCAAUCCAUAUUUAGUUGGCGUUGGUGUAGGAAGUCUCGUGAUAUCAUUUCUGGUUUGUGUCUACUACAAUGCAAUUGUGUCCUGGAGUCUUUGGUAUCUGUUCCAUUCGUUUGAGAACCCUCUGCCCUGGGCACACUGUCCGUUAAAUGCAAACAACACUGCAAUUGUGGAAGAAUGUGCAAAAAGUUCACCCACUGAAUUCUUCUGGUACAGAAAGACAUUAAAUGUCUCUCCCACGAUCGAUGACACAGGAACAUUGCACUGGGGUCUGAUGCUGUGUUUGAUCCUCUCCUGGCUUAUAGUUUACAUGUGUAUCAUUAGAGGAACUGAAUCUACUGGCAAGGUGGUCUAUGUCACAGCUGGUUUUCCGUAUGUUGUGUUGGUGAUUUUUCUCAUUCGAGGAGUAACACUACACGGAGCAGGAAACGGGCUUGUUUAUAUGUUCAGUCCAAAGGUGGAGCAGCUGAUGGACCCGAAAUCUUGGAUUGAUGCAGCUACCCAGAUCUUCUUCUCGCUCGGCCUGGGCUUUGGGAGUCUGAUCGCGUUUGCCAGUUACAACCAGAAAAACAACAACUGUGAGAAACAAGCAGUUAUCAUUGCUUUAAUUAACAGUCUGACAUCAGUGUUUGCCAGCGUUGUCACUUUUGCCAUAUAUGGUUUCAAAGCUACAUAUAAUUAUGAAAGCUGUCUUGAAAGAAUGGUGUUACUUCUAACAAACACUUUUGACCUGGAUGAGACAGCAGUACAAACAGACACCCUCGAAGAGUGGAUGCUUUUCCUGAAUUCAACACAGCCGAGCAAAUUUGCAACAAUUGCUUCACAGAUCGAAACAUGUGACCUACAGUCUCACUUGGACACGGCUGCAGAAGGCACCGGGCUCUCAUUUAUAGUCUUCACCGAAGCAAUUGUAAACAUGCCUGGGCCAUCCCAGAUCUGGUCGAUAUUGUAUUUUCUGAUGGUCCUGAUGUUGGGCAUUGGCAGUAUGCUGGGGAACGCUGCUGGCGUCAUUACUCCACUCAGUGACAUGAAGAUCAUUUCCAAAUAUUUGCCAAGAGAGGUCAUGAUAGGGAUCGUGUGUCUCACAGCUUGUGUUAUUGGACUUGUGUUCAACAUUGGAUCGGGGAAUUAUUGGUUCUCCAUAUUCAAUGACUAUGCAGCCACCUUGGUGCUUCUGGUGAUUGUUUUGAUUGAAGUCAUUGGGAUCUGUUACAUCUACGGGCUAAGAAGAUUCCGGAAAGACAUUGAAAAGAUGAUGGGACGCAAACCAAACUGGUACUGGGUGGUCACCUGGGUUUUCAUAAGCCCUGUUUUAAUCAUAGGUCUCGUGAUUUUUUACAUUGUUGACUACAGCAUAACAGGAACACUAACGUACACUGCCUGGAAUGCAGCUGAGGGGCACUCGGUGAAGCUGGAAUAUCCUCCUUACGCUCUGGCUGUUAUUGGACUCCUGGUGUCUGUUUCCACAGCUUGCAUCCCUCUGGCUGCAUUAGUAAUAUGCAUAAAGAAGAAGCUCCAAAGGGAGAAAUAUUAGGGUUAAAAUGCUAACUUGAAAAACCAUACCGUUAAAAAUCCAUUCCUUCUAAGCUCCUUGAACAAAUACCCUGCUAUUAUUAUUAUUAUAUUAUUAUUAUUAUUAUUAUUAUUAUUUUAAAUAUACUUUUUUGAUCAUAUUUUAUUACAAGCCCCACAUUCAAGAAAAUGUGAAGGAUGCAAUUUCUGAAGAAGGGUGUUUUUUCUUUUUUGCAAGAAAAGAAGGAUGGUAUUUAAAAUGUUGCUCACUCCCUAGAUCAACAAAAGGGAAAUUUUGAAUACAGUUUCCACCCCUGUAUAAUUGACACUUUAUUAAGCCAGGAGCAACAGCAGUUUGUAGUAAUUUUUGGAUUUAACCAGGUGGCCACCAAGUAAAACCUAUGAAAUGCACCAAUGAUUUCUGGUAGCUCAAUAAAUUAGUUUCUCAAGGAUCCCCCACCUUUUUUUUGCCAAUUUUUGAAAGGAUCUAAUGUUUUCGAGAGCCUUCAGCCAGCUUUUUGGACCUUUUUUGUUAAACAUGGUGACUUUGGUAAUAGAAUUCUUGCCAUUGAUAACAAUUUGCACCUUGUACCAUUCCCAUCCCCUAAGAUACAGGAGCAUUCUAUGUUGGCGUAGCAACACCUAGAUGUCAUCUUGCAGUCAGAAAUGGCACCCAACCUUGUGGCAUCUGAUCAUGUCUAACCAUCUCCCUUUGAUCUCCAGUGGUAUUACCUUUUCUGAAGUCCCCCACCUUCAACAUCCAGGCUUGCUACUGAAUAGAAUCUCAGCUGGACUGACCAUGGAAAUACAGUGGUUAUGUGAGCAGGUAGAGGCUAGGACUUGUGUAGCUACUCAUCAUCUGAUUUUUGUUUUUCCCCCAAAGCCUGUCUACCAGCUACAAGGCACAAGCCAGGAGUGUGAUGGAAUAUUCCCCACUUGCCUGGAUGUGUGCAGCUCCAAUAACAGUCAAGGAGCUUGGCACCAUCCAGGACAAAGCGGCCCCUGCUUGCUUGGCAUCACAUGCAUCCAAACCCUCCGCCACUGACACUCAGUCACAGCAGUGUGUACCAUCUACAAGAUGAACUGCAGGAACUCAAGAUUUCUUAGACAGCACCUUCCAAACCCAUGACUGCUAGCAUCUAGGAAGACUAGGGCAGAAGAUACAUGGGAACACCACCAGCUGCAAGUUCCCCUCCGUGCAAUGCAUCGUCCGACUUGGAAAUGUCUCGUCGUUCGUUCGCUGUCGCUGAGUCAGAAUCCUGGAGCUUGCUUCCCUAGCUACAUACUGGGUGUAAUUACACUACACAGCGAUUCAAGAGGGUGGUUCUACAUCACUUCCACGUGGGCCAAGCAGUGGAUGCUGGAUGAGCAAGUGAGGCCCACAUCCCAAGGAAAAACUUCUAAGAAUUCAGAUGCAACUGUGAAACGUUUUGCGAAGCUGUUGCACAAUGGAGUUUUUUGGGCGUUUGAAUCGAGUCAGUAUUUUUUUUUUUUUGUUGUGUUUUUUGUUAAAAGAAACUAUCUUGGUUAAGUUUGACCAAGUUUGAUUAUGCUGUUUCAAUGCUGAAACCUACGUGUACCAUCAGCGUUCCUGCUCUAAUUGGUGGGGACUGUACUAUUGUUGGAGUUCCAACUGAUCCAAACAAAAUUGACAGACCCGACUGUCAUUGGCUACUGAGAAAGGACAGCAGAGUAAUUUCAAUUUAGCUUUGCUUCUUUUCAUUUGACUCCCAAGCCACCUGUAAUUGGGAGUCCUUUUGUGUGAAGCCCUAUAUGUUUGCAGGUUAAUGUUCCCACACUUGUGGUUGACAGAGGGGUCGCUAAAGUAGAGAAUAUAAUAUACUGUAAAUAAACUUAUUAACUGGAAGGAUCUAUGCAUCAAUUCAUUGCAAUUUGUAAUAAAUUUUUACUUGUAACAUUUUGAAAUGGCCUGUUUUAGAAGUGAUGAUGGAAUCUAAUGGAUGUAUUGUAACGUAACAUAUUUUGGAAAUUCUAUAUGUCGUAAGAUUUAGUUGUGUAAACUUGUAGAAGUAAAACAUCUUAUGCAUGGGGAGUUUGAAGAUGUAAGUUAUCAUACAGUAUUGUCAAAAUUACAUUCUGAUUUUGAGGGGGUGGGUAGGUUUUUUCAAACGCAGGGGAUCUUGGGCAAGUUGAAAUGCUGCUGAGCUUCGGUCAGCAGUGAUCAGUUGGAAACUGAGCUGGACCUUUUCGGCAGUGGUUUUGGUCGCAGUGCCGUCCCCAGGAGCUGGAUAUCCCUGAGCCGGCUCAACAUUCCCGAACGCCGGUGCUGGGGAAGAGACACCAGGAGGAUGAGGGCAUCUGUAUGAACAACCUGACAGACUGGCAGCAGCUGAAAGGAAAGGAGAACAGGUGGAAACGCAGCAGCAGCAGCACCGUGUGCUCCAUUUUCUACUUGUCUGUGUGUCUUGUGCUUGAACCACAAAGGAGAAAAUCGGCUGUCUGCCUAAUGAACGAGGACUUCUUGGGGGUGGAGGGGGGCACAUUGAGCAUGCAGCUGCCCAGACAGCAGCUUGGGGGGGUGGUUAGAGAGAGAGAGAGAGAGAGAGACAGUUGAGAGGGGGUGGGGUGGUGGGUGGAUGAGGGUUUUAGUAAUGCUGAAAGUGAGAUCUUGAGUGCUAAUGUCCCAGCACACAUGCUGAAAAAAAUCCAGAGAAAGCUUCCAGGCUCAGUCUCUCCUGGGCUGUCCAAGAAAUAAGACAACAGAUGUCCCCAACUACAAACCACGAAAGUAUGGGGCACUCGCCUGUCAUGAACACUGGUUGGUCAUGACUUCCAAUGCAUUGAAUUAACAAUAAACUAGUUGGAGCUCUUGUGGCCCUACCUCUAAGUUAGGAGUUCUGGAUGCAAGUUUUCUUGCUCCAAGCAUGAAUCAUGAUAUGCUUGAGCAGGUAGAUAUUCUCAGUAGAAGUUAAAUUAGUUGUCUUAAACUCUCCCACAACAAGCUUCAGCAACCCAUGAGGUAUUUCAACUCGGUACAUCUGAGAUACAUUGUUAUUUGAGUAUAAUAGCUGAAGCUAUAUUUAAAGCCUUACUCCAGAAGGGCAUGCAUGUGCCUGGUAUUCCAGGAUUGUAAAUGAAUAAAUAACACAAACUAUUUAUACCACUGCCUUCCCCUCCUCUGUACAGCCUGCUUGAGUGAUUUCUGCUCUUAAAAAAAAGAGUAUGACUGAAGCCUUUGUGAUGUUCUUACAAGUCUAAUGUCAAAUGGAGUGAAUUGAUGGAAUUAAUUGUAUUUUUAGCUCUUAGUUAAAAUGUUCUCUCCCCCCACCGCCCCCACACCUAUUUUUAUAAUAUUAGAAGCUGGGAUGAGGCAGAUUGGCCUGAUUUGUCAACUGUGUUGCACUCUGACAAACUGGCUUCCACAGCAUAAUCAGCCCUGUAGCUCUGAACACAUUUUAAAAAUCAAUCCUUUGUCUGAGACAGUAGCCUUUUAAACAUAGGCUUGGUUUCAUAUCAAAUGGUGCGUAAGUAGAAACCAUUUGCAAAUUCUUCCAAAGAAGAUCAGAGUUCAAGAAUUAUGAAACAGGAUAAUCAGUAAUUCUGGGGUAGCAUUAAGAGAUGUAAUAAGUGUAAAUGAUUACAGAUUAGUUAAAUAAUGGUGAAAGUAUCUUAACUGGUGCUUGACAUGAAGGAUAAUACUUUACUCAGCAACUGUAGUUAUUCAGAAAUGGAUGCAAAAAGAAAUUCUCAUUCCUCUCUGGAUUCCAAACAAUUUCUGGUAGAAUGGAUUAUGUAUUUAUGAGUUUAAUUCUUAAAACAAUAUUUAUUGGUAAAUAGUUCAUUUUUUGUUGGCUCCAGCAAUUUUGUGAAAUAAAACAGUAGCUAUCACAUAUAUACUUGCGUAGAAUGAUAGGUCAUAAUUUGAAUCUAACUAUGCAAGUGCUUAUCGCAAAGUAUUGAUUAUAAGUAUUGAUGUUUGCAACCACUUUCCCUUGCUCAAAGGGUCAGAAGUGAAGAUUGAUAUUGGACUCAAUCGUUAGAGGAACUGUAUCCAUCAUACAUGUUUAGAAUUUGUAGAAUGCUUACAGCACAGGACAUGACCAUUUGGCUUACUGAAUAUGUGCGAGUUCAUUGCAAGAGCAAUUUAGAUCCCAUUUUCCUUAUGUUUUAAUCUGUAGCCCUGCAAAUUUUUUUCCCUUUAAUUAAACAAUACCCUUUUGGAAAGCCAUGGCAUUGUAACUUGCCUGCACACUCCAAGGCAGUGCAAUCCCAAUCCUGGUUCAGUGCUUCCCAAAAUGUUUCCCACAGUGACCCUGUCUUGAGAUUGGAAAUGGUCACAAGCCAUCUCUCUACAGGGCUGAGAGCAGAGCUGUACUAGUAGGGUACAGAUGGUUGUAAUUCAGUCAGAACUUGCAACCAUACUUAAGAUCCUUAAUGCUACCACUUUGCGAACUAUCGGCUACAUAGAAAUGUAUUUCCUCAUGUUUCCUCCCCUAAACGCUGAGCUCCUUUCAGCAUGGGCAAGUAUACAGGAUGGCCAGUGCUACGUUGCAGAGGAGGCCAUUCAGCCUAUCGUAUCCACACUAACUUGCUAAACAGGCAUCAUUACCUAGUGCCAAACUCCUGCUUUCUCUGCAUAGCCUUGCAUAUUAUUUUCAUCCAAAUAACUGCACACCAAGUUUUCACAUAGAUGCAACUAGAAUGCUGGGAAAGGUCCUGAAAUCAAAACUCAAGCCUCCAGUUAAGAGAAAUUUACAGAACUAUCAGAAUUGGGAAAUUCCCACGUAAAUAUUUAAAACAAUAGAGGAUUUUAAACCAUUAACAUCUCAUUAACUUUUAUAAUGUUCUUGUGUAAUUCCGUGUUGGACAAUUUUUUUUCCCUUUGUUGUCCAGUCAACAUUUAAUAAAAAUUUACUG